CUCGUUGCGUGGCGGCGGAGACGGAGAGUGGAAGCCAGGGCAGGCUGUCUGCUGGAGUUCAUCAUAUUUAUAAGAGACAAUCAGAGGGAUGCUUUCCAAACUGCGCGGUGCCCUGAGUCGGGCGGGACCGGCGCUCUCUCGGGGCGUGCACACGGGGGCCCGGCCCGCCUCCAGCGCUGCUGCCAGCCUGAAGCGCUCGGAGCGCCCCCUGUCUGCAGAGGAGGUGUUCGCUCGUGAGGAAAAAUACGGAGCCCACAACUACCACCCGCUUCCUGUGGCCCUGGAGCGAGGAGAAGGGCUACACGUGUGGGACGUGGAUGGCCGCAGAUAUUUCGACUUCCUGAGCGCGUACAGUGCGGUGAACCAGGGCCACUGUCACCCCAAAAUCAUUGCUGCGCUCCAUGCCCAGGCCUCCCGCCUCACCCUCACGUCCCGAGCCUUCUACAACGACGUGUUGGGCGAGUAUGAGCAGUACAUCACCACCAUGUUCGGCUACCACAAGGUCCUGCCCAUGAACACAGGUGUUGAAGCUGGAGAGACAGCGUGUAAACUGGCUCGGAAAUGGGCCUACAACGUGAAGGGUACUCCAAAGUACAAAGCAAAGAUCAUUUUCGCAGAGGGGAAUUUUUGGGGGCGCACCAUGGCGGCCAUCUCCAGCUCCACAGACCCCAGCAGCUACGACGGCUUCGGCCCCUUCAUGCCGGGCUUCGAACUCAUUCCCUACAAUGACGUGCCUGCGCUGGAGCGAGCUCUGCAGGACCAGAAUGUGGCUGCGUUCAUGGUGGAGCCCAUCCAGGGCGAGGCGGGGGUGGUGGUUCCAGACCCAGGGUACCUUACCAAAGUGAGGGAGCUGUGUACCCAGCACAAUGUGCUGUUCAUUGCUGACGAGGUGCAGACGGGAUUGGCACGAACGGGCCGACGGUUGGCAGUGGACCAUGAGGCAGUGCGUCCGGAUCUGGUGCUCCUGGGGAAGGCGCUUUCGGGCGGAGUCUACCCUGUGUCUGCUGUGCUGUGUGACGAUGAGGUGAUGCUAACCAUCAGGCCUGGAGAGCAUGGCUCCACCUACGGAGGCAACCCGCUGGCCUGCCGCGUGGCCAUCGCCGCCCUGGAGGUUCUGGAGGAGGAGAAGCUGGCAGAAAACGCUGAGAAGAUGGGGGAGCUGCUGAGGGCGGAGCUGAGGAAACUGCCCAAUGAAAUCGUCACUACAGUCAGGGGGAAAGGCCUGCUCAACGCCAUCGUCAUCAAGGAGACUAAAGACUAUGAUGCCUGGAAGGUUUGUCUGCGCCUCAGAGACAAUGGCCUGCUGGCCAAGCCCACUCACGGUGACAUCAUCAGACUGGCCCCGCCCCUCAUUAUCAAGGAGGACGAGGUCAGAGAGUGUGUGGACAUCAUCAAGAACACCAUCCUGUCCUUCUGACCCAGCUGAAGCACGUACUGGCGUCCUGUCAGACUGAGCCUGCUUCAUAUUACCCACAAGAGUGAAUCCUAUACAUGAACUCUGGACUUAAGCACAUGGAUAACUUAGGUUAAUAACUUAAGCGUGUGAACCAAAACUUUUCAUAGGACAUCUCAUUGAAAAAAAAAAAGUCUCAAUAUACACGAGGGAUUUUAAUGGCUGCAAUGUGUGGCAGUUUUGUCAGUUUUAUCAUUUAGGAUGACCGAUAAACAUGAAUUGGCAAAAGUUCUUGGCUGAGAAGAGUUAGAAGUAUUCUAGGAUGAAAGCUACUUGAAUGUUAAGUGUUUAAUGUUUCACUGCUGCAGGGGAACUCUGGGUGGUUUGUGGUUAUCCGUACAGAACGCACAGCAGAGGAUAUUGGCACGUGUUUACCAUAUUGAAAAAGCAAAAGAACUGUGUUCAGUCUACAGUUCAGCCUGAAACUAGCUCUCUCAUUGUAAAAGGGAACAAUUCUUGAAAGCAAAUUCAUAAAAAUGAUUUUUUUAUUACAAACAUUUUGGUUGUUUUUACAGUGUAGAUGGGAGUUGUUUGAAUGGAUUCAUAUUUCAUUAGAGAUGAAUAUGUUUUAAAAUCUGCAUUGUGGAGCUGAGUGUAGCAGAUUGUUGGGGAGGGGAAGACCAGGGCGUUUUCCUGUGUGUACCCCACUAUCUCUGUGAAUAUAAGACCUGCUCAGGAAUCUAUAGGAGAGGAACCUCUGAGAUUCAGAUCUAAAGAGCUACUGACAGAAGUACCUGUGGACCUGAAGUACACUGGAAAAAUGAAAGCUGGUAAAACACUGAAGGCUAAAUGUGUAGCGCAAGACGACAGGACUGAGGGAAUCCGUUACUGAAACUGACUGUUGCACUUUUUCAGUGUACAGUGUUGAAUCUGCUGUGUGUUAGCAGUGACGGAAGUCAGAGCGUCACAUUUCUUUUUAAUGAACAGUGUGUUGUCACUGCAGAGAAUUCUUGCAAAGUGCAGCUCAAAUGCAGUUGGAAAGAAUGUUUACAUCUGUACAGUGUGUUUACAGGAAACGUCAGUGUCACCUUGUGUUCGGUUUAAAUGGCAAAGAAGA